AUGCCUACAUUUGCCAAAAACCAUGAAGAAUGUAGAAAAUCUGUUUGUGUUAUCUGUAUGAAGAAAGGUGAUCAAGAAUUGACUGAAAACUUCAAAGCUAAAAUUCUUCAACAAAUUCAGAAAGAAAUCAACUUCAAUGAUGACAGAGUACCAUUGGCGACCUGCAUCUCCUGCAGAUCUCACAUUGGAAAGCUGUGUGAUGGUAAAACAAAUGUUGUGCCUCAGAUUUAUGACUUUGAAUCAAUUUCGAUCAAGCCUCUUACUCGUUUUUCUACAGUCUGUGAGUGCUUGAUUUGUAAGAUUGCCAAACUCAAGGGAAAAGAAAGGCAUCCAUUAAGCAAGUGCUUGUCAGUUAUUGGUCGUGGACUUCCUCACUACUGCACUCCUGGAACACGCCAUGAAAAUUUGAGAAGAAUGGCUGCCUCUGAUCCCAUUGGUGCAGAGCAAGUUGCAGCAACAGUUUUGGGAUCAAAAAGUGCAUCUCCUCAUGGCACCAUCAGACUCAGUCAACCUUGUGGAAAGCUAUUGCCAUUGAGAAAAGGACCUUCAUCAGCACAGCAACUUUUCAAAGAGCCUCUCACAACGCAGAAUAUGGUUCAAAUUCAGCAGAAUAUAGGACUUUCAAACAAUGGGAUGAGAAAACUUGGAUCGGCACUAAAUCAAAUCAGUCCUAUCAGAUUGGUGGAGCCAAGUUUUCAGCAAAAAUUCGCUCAAGCAAGCCAAAAACUUUGUGAUCACUUCACUGUGAGCAGCAUCACUCUUGCUGAAAACAAUCAAAUAUCCCAAGUUGUGCAUUGUCAAAACCUCAGUAGUCUUAGUGAUGUCUUCUUAGCAUCAAGAAAGAUGACAGAUUCUGCAAUUUUGAAACUAGGGAUUGAUGGUGGAGGAUCUUUUUUGAAAGUCAGCUUCACACACAUCAUUGUGGAUGAAGGUGAGACACCGCCACAUAGCCCACUGCAGAAAACAAUCAAAUUGAUGUCUCCACAACUAAAUCAACAAGUGUCAAGCAGCAACUACUGGUAG